AAACAUGACACUAACAUAACCCUGUAUCUUUUCAAACAGGCCUUUUGUCCGGGAUCUCUGUUGCUGUAGAGUGCUUUUUCAUUUCAAACCCCUUCCAGUAUGCAGCACAGUUUAUACCACAAUACUUCUAUUGUUAAGUUACUCUGUGGACUGUGGAUGGUCUUGAGAGUAGCUUUGUGGUGGCAGAAUUGAUGAACGAGUGCUUUUAAAAACGCUAUGCGAUUCUGAUCAGUAUUGGUUAUUGUUAUGCCUCAUUUAGUUAUAUUUAGUCUUUCUUUGUCCGAAGCAGUGAAGCACCAGUUUCAGAGUGCAUCGUCAUUAUUAUUAUAUCUAUCACCACACACUUUUUAGGUCAAGCACAGUGGAAACUGGUCAACUUCCGGUUUUGGCCUUUAGAGAUAAAAUAUUAUUGGGUAGUGAUGUACAGUAUAGGUUGCCUAAAAUUACCACAGCACAGAAAGACGUGACAGUAAUUGACAGCAAUUACAACACCAACAAAGUUAAUCUCUUACUUUGUAGAUUUAAAAAUAUCAAUUCAACCUCCAUAUUUGGUUAUAUUCGGAAUAUACAAAAAAAUCUAGUGGAAGGAGUUUUUCAAGCUGUGGAUACCCAGAAUCACACACAUACUGCUGAAUAACAAACAGGCAUCCAAAGGGGGGACAGGAGGCAAUUACAGUCUGCGUGUGUUAUUGGCCCACAGCACACCGUAGAAAGGAAAUUAAGAAAGGGGAUAAAAGAGAGCAUAAAGGUACAAUGUAAAGCGAAAUAUUGAUAUUAAUAACAUAGUGCCCUAGUCUGUUAUAUAAUUCACAACACUUAAAAAACGUCGACGUACCGUGCUUCUCUAGUGUCAAACGCUGACAACGAAUUUUAAUUUGAAAUCGUGAACUCCAUUUCCGGUGCGUUGUGCCUAGUCCGUGCAGGCGGCGUGACGUCAUCCACAGUCGGUCAGCUGGCUCGUGCAUCUGAACGGCAGAGAGAACCUCUCCCAUUGGGAGACAUCACCAUCACCAGCCGCCUCGGCGGCCCACCCGGAAGCUUCCAUCAUGGAUGAAAACUAUUGCUAGUGAACGUUUCUAUUUAUUGUUGUAUUUAUUCACUUAUUUAUUCAUCCGGCCAGCAAUGGCGGGGUUCCGUGGUCACGGCCGCUGAGCAGGUGCAGUGUUAUCGACGAAGGCAUCUUCCUCCUCGGCAUGGCCCCGGAGAGGGCCCAGCCACAGACGAGCUGUUCGAACGGACCGCAUUCAUAGUUGGGCAGUGACACAACGAGCUGGUGAAGAAGGAGAAGAAGGAGGAGCCAUCUUUAUCACAUAUUAGUAUACAUUAGUCUUUCUAGCACAAGGAAUGCGGAAUUCCACGUCUCCCCUCCGUUGACCCGAUCCGAAACACCUCCACAGCCCACAAGGCCUCGCCAGCCCUCAUCUGGAUCCCGCCGCCAAGAUGAUGGAGCUGCAGAUAGACGAGGUGGUCUACCAGGACGACUACGGCUCCGGCACCGUGAUGUCGGAGCGGGUGUCGGGCCUGGCCAACAGCAUCUACAGGGAGUUCGAGAGGCUGAUACGCAGCUACGACGAGGAGGUGGUGAAGGAGCUGAUGCCGCUUGUGGUCAACGUCCUGGAGAACCUGGACGCCGUGCUGACGGAGAACCAGGAGCACGAAGUGGAACUGGAGCUCCUGAAGGAGGACAACGAGCAGCUCAUCACCCAGUACGAGAGGGAGAAAGCGCUGCGCAAGCAGGCGGAGGAGAAAUUCAUCGAGUUUGAAGAUGCCUUGGAAGCAGAGAAGAAGGACCUUCAGGUCCAGGUGGAGUUUCUGGAGCUGCAAGGGAAACAGCUGGAGCUCAAGUCAAAGAACUAUGCUGACCAAAUUACGCGGUUGGAGGAAAGGGAGUCGGACAUGAAGAAAGAGUACAACGCUCUGCACCAGCGCCACACUGAGAUGAUCCAGACAUACGUUGAGCAUAUCGAGCGCUCCAAAAUGCAGCAGACGGGAAGCAACAGCCAAUCAGAUGGCCCCGGCAGUGGACGAACUCAACGUCACACAUGGAGGAAAAGCAGCAAAGCGGAGCGCCCGCCAUCGUUGAGCCUGUACCCCAGCGGCGAGGGCAUGGUACGUGGGGGUCUCGGGGGGGCUAGGAUGAUGCCCGGGAAAGACAUCUGGCAGGUCGGCGAGCUGGGCCAGUCCACCUUCAGCUCCGCCUAUCAGGAGGACGGCUCGGAGUCCGACUCUGUGGCGGCGACUCCCAGCAGCACCGGAAGCAAGUCCAACACGCCCACCUCCUCCGUCCCCUCGGCCACCGUCACCCCCAUCAACGAAGGCUUCCUCCCGCCCUCCGAGUUUGACGUGAUGCGGACCGGGAACCGAGGCAGGAAAAGCGGCAAGCGACUCAGCCGGAAUAUGGAAGUCCAGGUGUCCCAGGAAACCAGGAACGUCAGCAUCGGCAUGGGAAGCAGCGACGAGUGGUCCGAGUUUCAGGAGAUUAUCGAUUCCACGCCUGAGUUGGACAUGUGCGUGGACCCGCGUGUGUACGGAGGAGGAAACAGCCCCUCCCAAGGCAUAGUGAACGAGGCCUUCGGCAUUAACACAGACUCCCUCUACCACGAGAUCAAAGAUGCCAAGUCUGAUAUCAUUGGAGAUGUGGAUGCGGGUGCAGAGCUGCUUGGCGAGUUCUCAGUCCGAGACGAUUUCUUCGGGAUGGGGAAGGAGGUGGAGAAUCUGCUGACGGAGAACAAACAGCUCCUGGAGACCAAAAACGCACUCAACAUCGUGAAAAACGACCUCAUUGCCAAAGUGGACGAGCUGUCCAGUGAGCAUGAAGUGUUGCGGGAGGAACUGGAGGCCGUCAGGCAGUCCAAGAACAAGGUGGACGCCCGAGUCAAAGAGCUGGAAGAAGAACUCAGGAGGCUGAGAGCGGAAGCUCUCGGAGCUUCCCGGGACUCCAAGGAUGAAGGAAGCGAUGAUUUCUCGUCACCGAUACAAGAUGGAGACAUGACCAUGACACAGCGGCGGCGGUUCACCCGCGUGGAGAUGGCGCGGGUGCUGAUGGAGAGGAACCAGUACAAAGAGAGGCUGAUGGAGCUGCAGGAGGCCGUGCGGUGGACGGAGAUGAUCAGGGCGUCCCGUGAGAGUCCUCCGAUUCAAGAGAAAAAGAAGUCGACCAUCUGGCAGUUCUUUGCACGUCUCUUCAGCUCAUCGGCCAGCCCGCCGCCCGUCAAGCGGCCAUACUACAGCGUCAACAUCCACUACAAGUCGCCCUCGCCGGCGGGCUUCUCCCAGAGGCGCAGCCACACCAUGUGUCAGAUCUCCACCUCCAACCGCACCCUGGAGUUCUUCCCUGAAGAACUGGCCAGUAACGGUGUUGCGUCUCUCCUCAGUGACUCGGCACUGUUGGCCCGCCGAGAGCAGCGGCGGGAACAGUACCGGCAGGUCCGCGAGCACAUGCGGCGCGAUGACGGCAUCAUGCAGGCCUGCGGCUGGAGCGUGCCGUCCCGCUUCAAACAGGCUGCUGGUCAGACGGACAGCGCUCAGGACAGCCCGCUGAAGAGACAACAGACCACCAGUGAGAAAGAAGACAACCGCAUGAAGAACGUUCCCGUACCGGUCUACUGCCGACCCCUGGUGGAGAAGGACCCGAAUAGAAAGUUGUGGUGCGCGGCCGGGGUGGACCUGACCGGGUGGAGGGCCGGCAGCCAGGAGUCGGGUCCAGUCAAAACGGCCACCAACGGCGGCGACCCGCUGCAUGCCGAUGAGACGGAAUCCGGCAGGAAGAGCAACCACAACUCCCCGGAGAAGAGGAAGUCCAAGGAGCUCCAGGAAACGGACACCAUGAGCAGCCGCGUGUGGAUUCUCACCAGCACGCACUCCGCCAGCAAGGUGGUGAUCAUCGACGCCAACCAGCCGGGCUCGCUGGUGGACCAGUUCAACGUCUGCAACGCGCACGUGCUCUGCAUCUCCAGCGUGCCAGCUGCCAGCGACAGCGACUACCCGGCGGGCGAGAUUGUGUUGGAUCCGGGUGAUGGUGGCGCAGGGGGAGGCGAGGACUCCGGCAGCGUGGAGGGUAUGUUGGCUGGUAUCACGCUAGUGGGUUGCGCCACUAACUGCAGUGUUGCCCGUAGCAACUGCUCCUCACGCACUGACACUCCCAUAAUGGACAAAGGACAAGCCCCCGCCGCCCCCCCUGCCAAUGGCAAGAUUCACCCGGCCCAGUCCGCCGAGGAAGCCACGGAGGCCACCGAGGUUUCCGAGUCUACCGCCAGCCAUGCGGAACUUGGAGCCGGACCUCCGGGACCGUUUAUGGAGCAUGUCUUUACCGACCCCCCGCCUCGCCCGGCAGAUGGCGCUGACAGGGGUACUGGGCAGUCCAAAGAGGAGACGUCAGCGCCUCCGGAGACGGAGGACGGGGGCGACGAGGCCAAGAACUACACCAGCAUGGCCCCCACCAUGUGGCUCGGGGCGCAGAAUGGCUGGCUUUACGUCCACUCGGCCGUCGGCAACUGGAAGAAGUGUCUGCACUCCAUCAAACUCAAAGACUCGGUGCUCAGCCUUGUGCAUGUCAAAGGUCGGGUGCUGGUGGCCCUCGCUGACGGGACCUUGGCCAUAUUCCACAGAUCAGAGGACGGCCAAUGGGAUUUGUCCAACUACCACCUGAUGGACCUGGGCCGGCCUCAUCACUCCAUCCGCUGCAUGGCCGUGGUCCACGAUAAAGUCUGGUGCGGCUACAAGAACAAGAUCCACGUCAUCCAGCCUAAAAGCAUGCAGAUCGAGAAGUCCUUCGACGCCCACCCUCGCCGGGAGAGCCAGGUACGCCAGCUGGCUUGGAUCGGCGACGGCGUGUGGGUCUCCAUCCGGCUGGACUCCACGCUGCGGCUCUACCACGCCCACACCCACCAGCACCUGCAGGACGUGGACAUCGAGCCCUACGUCAGCAAGAUGCUCGGCACCGGCAAGCUGGGCUUCUCCUUUGUGCGAAUCACCGCCCUCCUGAUUGGCGGCAAUCGCCUGUGGGUGGGGACCGGAAAUGGCGUCAUCAUCUCCAUCCCGCUAACCGAGACGGUGGUCCUACACCGGGGACAGCUCCUGGGUUUGAGGGCCAAUAAAGUGUCUCCGACGUCCUCCGGCGGGGUGAUCCACGUGUACGGCGACGACGGCUCGGAGAAAAGCAACGGCAGCUUCAUCCCAUAUUGCUCCAUGGCACAGGCACAGCUUUGUUUCCACGGACACCGCGAUGCCGUCAAGUUCUUUGUCUCCGUGCCCGGCAACGUACUGGCCACACUGAAUGGCAGCGUGCUGGACAGCCCAUCAGAGGGUCAAAGCUCCACGGCCCCCCAGGAGACGGAGGCCCAGAGUGUUCAAAACGUGUUGGUGCUGAGCGGAGGAGAGGGGUACAUUGACUUCCGUAUAGGGGACGGCGAGGAUGAAGAGACGGAGGAAGGUGAGAGUAACGGCGCCUCGCAGGUCAAACCUACUUUGUGCAAAGCAGAGCGAAGUCACAUCAUCGUCUGGCAGGUGUCUUACGUACCCGAGUGACCGCCUUCCUUCUUUUGGUGCCCCCCCACCCCCCCUUGUAAUUAAUCCCUGGUCAUGUAAAAGUUCUCUCGACUCCAAAAAUGAAGGAAAAAAACAAUACAAGCUGUGCAUCGCCCCCCCCACUAACUUUAAUGCCUUGUAAAUUCCUAACCGCCUGCCAUGCUGACCCCCUCCAGAGCAUUCUAAAUAUCAUUGUGAGCCUUGUAACCCCCCCCCCCCCCACCUUUAUCUGUGGUAUAUUCCUCCUAAUCUCCUUCUAUAUUUACCUCAAAUGCCCUGCAUCAUCCCAAGUUCCUUCUGACCAACCCGGACUUCUUAAAGCAGCUCAAAGCCCAAAAAUGUAUCGUAUGUUCAUUAGAUCGUCGCCAUCAGCAGCCAAUCCCUGACAUUUCAUCCGUAAGGAAUCUCACGUAAUAUGAAAAAGUCCUAUAAUGAACCCCUUAAGAAGAACGGAUGUGAAGGAGAAGGUCAUGGCGGCGCUUGAGAUGACAUAACAGGUGGCGUGUUGUCGCUGUGUGUACAGGGUCACUGUAGAUGUCCGCUAACGCUCUUUGCCCAACAUGUUCAUUCAUGCAUUGAUCUCUGUGGGGAUUGAAUAUUAAACAGAUGUGUGCUGAUAAACGACAA